CGCACACUGGCCGGGCGGGCGCGGGGUGCGGGGGCGCGGGGUGCGCGCAUGGCGGCGUCCGCCUGAGCCCCGAGGCUCGCGAGCCUUCCCUCCCGUCGACGCUGUCGGAGCCCGAGGCCCGAACCGGCGCCACCAUGGCGACCAGCGCUCCGCAGAAGGAGAACACGCUGCUGCACCUCUUCGCCGGCGGGUGCGGGGGUACCGUGGGUGCUAUCUUCACAUGCCCACUCGAGGUCAUCAAGACAAGGCUGCAGUCGUCCAGGUUGGCCCUGGGCACUGUCUACUACCCUCAGGUCCAGCUAGGGGCCAUCAGCAGCGCGGGAGUGGUGCGACCAACGUCAGUGACGCCGGGACUCAUCCAGGUUCUGAAGUCAAUCUUGGAGAAGGAGGGACCAAAGUCACUUUUUCGAGGCCUGGGUCCAAAUUUGGUCGGAGUUGCUCCGUCCAGGGCUGUGUACUUUGCAUGUUACUCCAAAGCCAAAGAACAGUUCAACGGCAUCUUCGUGCCUAAUAGCAAUGUGGUACACAUCUUCUCGGCUGGCUCCGCAGCUUUUGUCACAAAUACCUUAAUGAAUCCGAUAUGGAUGGUCAAAACCCGGAUGCAGCUAGAACGGAAAGUGCGGGGCUCUAAGCAGAUGAACACGCUGCAGUGCGCACGCUACGUUUACCAGACCGAGGGCAUCCGCGGCUUCUAUCGGGGACUCACGGCCUCCUACGCCGGCAUCUCGGAGACCAUCAUCUGCUUCGCCAUCUACGAAAGCCUGAAGAAGUACCUGAAAGAGGCCCCGUUCGCCACAUCCACUGGGGGGAACGAGAAAAAGUCCACAAGUUUCUUUGGACUCAUGGCAGCCGCUGCGAUCUCCAAGGGCUGCGCCUCCUGCAUCGCGUAUCCCCACGAGGUCAUCCGGACACGACUCCGCGAGGAGGGCACCAAGUACAAGUCGUUCCUGCAGACAGCACGGCUGGUGUUUCGGGAGGAAGGUUCCUUGGCCUUCUAUCGAGGACUCUUGGCCCAGCUCAUCCGGCAGAUCCCCAACACGGCCAUCGUGCUGUCCACGUACGAGCUCAUCGUGUACCUGUUAGACGACCCUUCUCAGUAACAGGCCCGAAACUUGGGCUCUAGAAGAAUAAAACUGAAAAAGAAAAAACUCCAGAGAAUUUUUCCCCCUCUUCCAUCUAUGUGUAAGAAUGUUCGAGACCAAGGAAAGGAAAGGCUAUGAACCAGCCACUCUUCGGUGCCUGGACGUUGCUUUUGAAGUCACGUUUGCGGGAAGGGUACAGUUCAUUCUCACUUGUCUGUUUGUUUGUUUUUUUAACUUAAAGAGGACCCAGGAUUAAGCAGCAACUAAAUUAAAUCAUGCUAUUUAAUUUAA